GUUCAACAAGUAGAACAUGAUCCUCUACUUAUCCAACAAGCACCUUCGUUUUCAAAAAUUAUCUCCGAGCCGGGUCUGCUCGCCCUCGCCUCCUUGGCUCGCGACAGCUCGCCGAGCCUGCAGGGGAAGUGUAUUCUGCAGGUCCGGAAGUUCCUGACCGAGGAAUUUUAUUCAUCCCAAAGUGCAGCAGCAGCGUCCACGUCCGUGCAGGGAGAUCAUGAACAAAAUCUACCGGUUCGCUUCCAAGAGCUGCCCUUUCUCUCUCGCUGCGCUAUAUUGGAGACGCUGUUG